AUUAAAGGCAACCACGGAAAGAAGUUUCAAUCCUCUCAUAUAUAUGACACAAGAAGAUUUGCAUUUUUGAAUCUAUACAAUAUGGCAACGAAGUCUUUAAUACUAUAUGGUCUUGUCGUGACCCUAGUCAUCGCAUUGAUAUGCAACAUCGAAGAGGCUGCAGCGAGAGACGUAAAGCUAGUGAAACUUAGCGAUGUAAAGCCCGAAACGUUGACAACAUUAAAACGAGAAGAAGAAAAAGAACUCGUGAACGACAAACUUACAAAAGAGAUUGAGAAUGCAAAGAAAUUGCUGGGGGAGUUGAAAACGUUGAAGAAGGAAUCAAAAGAUGAUAUGAAAGAGGAGUUGAGUUCUUUGAUGAAAUCUGAAACGCUACUUAACGAAAUGUCAGAUACACUCAAGAACGGAACGUGCAAUGCAAACAAAGCUACGAUAUUUGUAGAGAAAGAAUCGUUUUUCUACAGAGCAUGGAAGGAGAAUGCAUAUCAUUCGGUGGUUCCAGAGAAGGAGAAAGAGUUUAUGUCUAACAUAAAACGCAUUAUUAAGCUGUUGAAGAAAACUUAGAGGGACGGUUGACUUUUAUGAUAUUCAAAAGAGAAAAAUCGCGUCUAUAUAUCAAUUAUUUGUUGCGUUAGAACUUUUUGUAACUAGUAAUUACACUGUUUUGUUUUGUGUUUUGUAAGAAUGUUGUAUUUGGUCAAAUUAGUAAAAAUAAAAUAAUUUAGCGAUAUAUUUUUUAUCAUCCAUGGUUGUCACUAGGCAUGGGCAUGCAUAAUAUCUGAACCCAAAAUUCGAACCGAACUCGAAUUCGAACCCAAAAACCUGAUUCGUAUCCAAUUCGAAAUGUUAAAAAUACUCGAAUUAGUCUUGUAGGGUGUUACAAAGCAUAUUCGAACCUGAAGUGUUAUUAACCGAACUCAAACGGAUAAUUAAAAAAAUUGAAAAACCGAAAAACCCAAAAUAAUCCAAAAAAAAAAA